UAUUCUGCAAUUUAAUUUGUUCAGGGAAACUGAUAUGUAAGAAUAUAAUCAAGCGAAGUGUUCCGUGUUCGAUCGGUUGUGCUAUAUAAGUUGGAAUCUUGUGCUAUUUACUUUAUCAAUCAAACCUGUUCUAGAAUUUUGAUAUACGGAACUCGGCACUGAGAGAAUCUUUGUACUAGGGUUUCUAAUUUAUGGAGAACAUCAGGAGAGCAUCGCACGCAGGUUCAUGGUACUCCAGUAAUUCUCAAACAUUAGAAGCAGAGCUUGAUGGAUGGCUUAGGGAAUGUGGUUUGCCCAAAUCUCCAGAUGUCAGAGGUGUAAUUGCUCCACAUGCAGGUUAUUCUUAUUCUGGACGUGCAGCUGCUUUUGCAUUUGGAAACAUUGAUCCAACUAACAUUACUCGUAUAUUUCUUCUUGGUCCUUCUCAUCACCAUUACACCCCUAAAUGUGCUCUUUCAAGAGCAACAAUUUACAAGACACCAAUAGGCGACCUCCCUAUAGAUCUUGAAGUCAUUGAAGAGCUAAAAGCUACUGGAAAAUUUGACAUGAUGGAUAUUGAAGUUGAUGAGGCUGAACAUAGCAUGGAAAUGCACUUACCGUAUCUUGCCAAAGUAUUUCGUGGCCAUUCGGUUAAAGUUGUUCCUAUUAUGGUUGGGGCUGUAAGCACAGAAAAUGAAGCAAUGUAUGGACGAUUGCUCUCCAAAUAUAUUGAUGACCCGAAAAAUUUCUUUUCAGUUUCAUCAGAUUUUUGUCACUGGGGUUCUCGGUUCAAUUACAUGCACUAUGACAAGAAACAUGGGGCUAUUCAUAAAUCUAUUGAGGCAUUGGACAAGAUGGGAAUGGAAAUUAUAGAAACCGGAGAUCCUGAUGAAUUUAAACACUACUUGUUAGAGACUGAUAAUACAAUUUGUGGACGUCAUCCCAUCAGUGUAUUUCUUCAUAUGUCGAAGAACUGCUCAACAAAGAUUAAGAUAAAGUUUCUUCGAUACGAGCAGUCAAGUCAUUGCAAAAGCAUGAGAGACAGCAGUGUGAGCUACGCAUCCGCAGUGGCAAAGUCAGAAUAACUGAUUCCGGUGGUGGAUUCAUUGCAAUAUGUGAUUCCGAACCUUGUUUUUCCUACAUUUGAACCGUGUCUCUCUCUCUCUCUCUCGUUUUGUUUCUUGUCAAUAAAAUGACGUUUCUGAUUCCA